AUGAAGAAUAAAGCUCUAAUCCUAGUUAUAAUUUUAGGAUUUGGUAUUGCUUAACAAUAUAAUUACCAUAUUCCAGAUUUCCCUUCAUCUACGCCAGACUAUUCCUGUACUUGGUUAAAUUGCAAUAAAGAGCUACUUUCAUAUUCAGCAAAAUUCCCUUCUACUGAUCCUAAUUUUUUUAAAUAUGCCAACCUUUUGAAUUGCCAUUCCUACAUGGAUAAUACAGUAAGAUAAGCUUGCUUCAAGGCAAUAAAUAAUAGCAAUAUGCCAUAAGAAUUUCAAGAUUUGAAUAGCUGUGAAAUAAAAAAUUGUUACCUCCAUGAUUGGAAUACAUGCAGAUAACAAAAUCAAGCUUGCAAGUAUUGUAGUGACUUUAAAUUUUGUAAGAACUUCGAAGAUAAUACUGACUACUAAAACGCAGAUUCUAUUACAGGGACAUGUGUAACUACAAAAGUAGCUCAAAAUUGCUCUUAAUUUACUGAUAAAAAUGGUUUUGCUUUUGUAGUGUGCUAAUCUUAUCAAUAAAAUCAAUGCAGAAAAUAAUGGAUAAAAGAUAAUUGGGAUUCAUCAUAAUCUUGCUAAUUUUGUGAUAUAGAAAAUUUUACAUCUUACAGCUUUAGAAGUUAUUUAUCUAUUUUAAUUUCAAGCCUCAUCUUAUUUGUUCUUUUUUGA